AGCGAAGUCAGUCAGUCACUAUACCUUAAUUUACACCUCGAAUAGGUAUGGUAUAGGUAAUUCUGUACAGCCACCGCCAGAAUGAGCGACGACAACAUUCUGCAGACCAGUCUUACGAGGCCUUUUCUUCUUCUUCUUCCUUCUGCCCUCUCUUCGACCUGGAUUGUAGGAACAUGACUACUACGCUGCUUGCUCUACCCACCACCACUCGAAUCCUCCUCCUCCUCCUACUCCUCCUCUUCUCCUCAGCGACGACAACCCACGCUGCUCAAUGGCCUCACAAUCUGCCUCGAUCGGCCAAAUACUAUCCCGAACACCAGUCGCAGGUGGAACGCGGAGUCCGCGCGCAGCAGAAGUUGACAUGGCAGCAGCCGGUGGGCAUGAAGAAGCUGAGCGAUGACCCGAGCGAGAAGUUUUAUCUUCACUAUUGGGACUUUUUGGAAGAAGGAGGAGCAGAAGCACAGGAAGUAGAAGAAGCAGAAGCAGAAGCAGAAGAUGUUGGAUAUGGAAAUAUGUCGAAUCUGUUGCCCGCUAUCGCGCAGCAUACCAACCACGAAAGACACUUGGCUUCAUUCCUCUUCCACCGCCGUAACGUUUUUGCUCGAGACUUCAAAUGCCCUACAGGAACAACUUCUUGUGGCAGCGUGGCCUCGGAUCUCUGCUGUCAGAUCGGAGAGUCGUGCAUCAAUACAACAGAGGGCAUAGGGUGCUGUCCCGCAGGCGCUUCAUGCGGUAACGAAGUGGGAGACUGCGAUACUGCUGCAGGCUAUACGAGCUGCCCGGGCGCUGGUGAAGGAUGCUGUAUACCGGGCGCAGUGUGUGUGGAUGGCGGAUGUGAAGUGUUUGGCACCGCGACUGUUACGAGAACCCUCCCUCUGGCCACGGCCACUGCUACUACAACGAGCACUAUCAGCACCAGCAGCGAUCAUGCUACGACAUCCACAAGCGCUGUGUCGAGUAGUAGGUCCUGCACUUCUGGCUUCCACUCCUGUGCAGCGACUCUGGGAGGCGGAUGUUGUCGAACUGAUCAAGUCUGCGGCACUAGCACCAGCUGUCUCGACCGGACCACCACCUCUUCAGCGACAGCCGCACCGCCUGUGCGACCGACCAGCGGCGACAAUUCCAUCUCCUCUGCUUCUUCAUCUUCCCGGACCACCACUACCACCAGCACCACCGCAGCCACGAUCGAAGGCUGUCCCACCGGCUUCUACAUGUGCUCCGCCGUCUAUCUGGGUGGCUGUUGUCGCGUCGAUCGGAACUGUGACACUACUUCGUGUCCGCCGUCCGCUACGACAGCUGUCGUUACCACCUCCGGCCUGACUAUCGCCGUUGCUAGUGCUGUGCCUACUACUGGCUCGUGUGCGAAUGGCUGGGCAACGUGCGGCGCUGAUGUUGGGGGCGGCUGUUGUCCUUCUGGAUAUCAAUGCGCCUCCAAUUGUAUCAACACUGCGUUAGGGGGAAGUAAUACGACGAAAAUGGCUCCCGAGUCUGCUAGUCCUAGUACUACUAUCAGCGCUUUUGCUUGGGCCUUUGUAGCAAUUGGAAUUGCGGCCGGGCUAAGUAUGAUCCUACUAUAAUAGAAUGAACCUAUAUCGAGUAUAAAGUAUCCCG